CUCGGCUUCCAUUUCAUGGCCGCCCUCUCGUCGGUGUUUGGUCUAGUGGUGGUCGUGCUGUGGCGAGUCGUGGACGGAAGCGCAACAUGGACUCGACUUGCACGAGACUCGUUCGAUGCGCCGGACGGGCGACAGAGCACGAUCAUGGAAGUCGUCGGCGACGCGGCGUACAUCUACGGCGGCGUUGGUGACGGCGACCACAAUAUCUACGACGACACGUGGAAGUUUGAUUUGGUGCACCGUGUGUGGCUUCCGAUCGUCACGACCGACAACCCUGGUCUUCGAUUCGACCAUGUCUCGGCCGUGCGAACAUCGACGCGAGAAGUGUUCAUUUACGGCGGCAUGUCGUUGAACAUAAGCGCGUUGAACCAGGUUCUGGGAUGGACCUAUGAUGAUGGGUACAUUCAGCAAGGCGACGUGUGGGUGCUGGACACCGUGGCCGAAACAUGGACGGAGGUGGUGGCGCUUGCUGAUGAUAGUGGGAAUUGGCCAUCGGCACGAAGCGAGGCGACGGCCGUGACGGUGGGGGACGCUGCCAUGGUCGUAUUUGGCGGUGUUGUCAUCCCGACCAACCUCUCGAUCACUCCUGUCGAUCUCAACGACCUCUGGCGCUUGGAUUUUACCACGAAGCAGUGGACAGCGCUCAAAACAUCCCCCGGAAGCGCCAAGCCAGCCGCUCGCUUUUCCCAUUCCGCCACGACCAUACCACUUGGGAAUGUCGAGCACAUGGUGGUUCUAAGUGGCCGCCACAUUUUGCAAGACAGGUGGUCCAUUCUAGACGAUGCAUGGAUGAUUCCAUUGCCUGCGUCGCAAGAGGAUGCCAAGGCGACUUUGGCCUGGAUUCCCUUGAGAGCUAACCCCGCUUAUGACCGCAUCUAUUCCGGGGUCGUAUAUGCCCAUCAAGGCCUGUGGAUGGUCGGGGGCGUCAACUACAUUGAGGUCGACAACGCCGUUGCAUACCCCGACACCAUUUACGCCGCCACCGAUACGCUCCCAGCGUUGGAUCUCAAGUUCGACUACGUCUCGGAUGCGUCCACUUUGACCGCUCGCUUCAAUCACCGAAUGGCCAUCUACAAGUCCAACAUCCUAGUGUACGGCGGCAAGUUUCGGGACUGCUACGGCGACCUGUGGAUGCGAAACACGACAGUGCUCCCGGCCGAGUCGUCACCGUACAUCAGCAGCGAUCGCAACGCCAUGAAUCCGUUGUUGUUUCUGUUGCUCGCGUUCAUCGUGCUCUUCAUCACGUGCAUCUUCCUCAUCGCAUACCUGUACAAGCGCCUCUACCAACACCAGGGGGUCCGGCAUGCCGUGUCGGACGUCGUGCGACCGCGCGGGUUGUCGCAGGAGGACAUCAAUCACUUUGAACUUGUCAAGUUUGCGCCAGUUCCAGCGGCGGAUGUAGCCGACGAAAUGUGCCCCAUCUGUCUGGUGGAGUACGUGCCUGAUCAAGACUUGAGACAACUCCCCUGCAACCAUCGGUUCCAUCCCGCAUGCAUUGACGAGUGGCUCCAUAAAAAUCAAACGUGUCCGAUGUGCAAACGCGACAUGGCCUUCCCCAUGCAUGCUCAACCGCGAAGCGACCUCCCACGGCCUCGCACCCCAGGCGUCCUUGUAGAUGAUGCCCUGCUCAAUGAUUAGCCCAUUGCACAUGAGUGGAGUGCACAAAGACGUCGGCAAUUACUCCACCCCACCUUUCCUGGUGACUCAGUACCACCUGGCUCCAGUUUUGGACAAGGUGGCUCGUUCAUUUGGUCACAUUCAUGCGCUUGGGG